UCAUUAAAAAGUAACAAUAAAAAUGUCUUCUCAUAUUGGUAGAGCCUAUUUGACAAACUGUUUAAAAGUACCUAUAGAUCCUUGCAGCAAUUGUCCGGCACCCACCUACAGCAGACCCAAAUUAUAUUUGGGACGUUCAACAGCAACACCAAAUACUUGUUCAAAUCCUGAGGAUAUGAGAAAACACUGUAGUUCGGUGGAAAGAGGUACUAAAUGGUCUUGUGGUGGUAUUAGAUCCUUGGCGAAAUUGUAUGAUAGUAUACCAGAUUACAGAGAUUUACAUCAUUUAAGUGGAGAGGAGUUUUAUUCCACUUUGGAUACUUUGAGAUCAACUUGUCGUGAAUUAAAAGUAAAAACCAGUUGCUUGAGUUCAGAAGAUCGAUGCAGUACCACUACCUCAACUUCCUUAACGUCCAAUAGUCAAUUGGCUGGAAGUCGCAGUAAAAAGUGUAAAAAAACUAAAAAGAAGAAAAAAUCGAAUGGCAAACAAAGUGCUAUAAAAUGUGAGGAAGUCCAGGAAUCCGAUUUUAUACAAGAUUUCCUAAAUAAACAAAAACAAGAGAAUUGUCCAGAAUCGGUAGUAACAAAACCGCGCCAAAGUUCACUUUGUAAAAGUUCUAAACAGGAUUUAGAGCAAGAAGUAGAAUGUUUUAAAAACUCUUUAAAAGAAUUUGAGGCGGAAUUUAAACGUUCGCUGAGUUCUUUAAAUCGCAAUGAAUCCCGCUCCUUUACAAAAAACUCUACCAAAGAUGUAUUUUGUAAACCGCAAGGGGAUAAUGAGAAAAUUUCGGAAAAAGUACCUGUACGUUCUAACUUUACCUCCCAAUUACGAGAACGUUUACGUAAAUCGUUAUCAUUUAAUGAUUUACACUCGAUAACUGAACCCGCUGAACUUAUAGAAUUAAGAAUGAAGAAUAAAACUCUGGAACAUUUAUCUUUUAAAGGAGAUACUGCUGGACUGCAAGAUCCCACAAAUUUAAGUAAUUACUUUGUGGAGAAGUCCAAAUCAGAGACUACGGGAAUACCUAAAAUUAUUGUUAAUUCACCAAACUCCACCGAUCAGUCUAGUGAUCGUUUGCAAGGCAAAAAGAAAUCAAAACAAAAAUCGAAUAAAAAAGAGGAAUAUAAAAUGCCUUUUACAAUAUUCGAUUUGGAUUCGAAUUCAAAAAAGGAGGGUUCUAUUAAGCAUUCUACACCCUCGCCAGUGCAUCCUGUGGCGCGUCCCAAUCUAGCUGCCACUUUAAGAGUGGAAAGUUCUAAGAAAAAAGUUAAAGAACUUAAAAACAAUUGUACCUAUCACGACUCAACACCACAAUUCGAUUGGGAAGUUAGAAAAACUCCAGCCUGGAAAACGUUAUCCUUCAAUGAAACACACAAGGAGAUACUGCAACUACGUUUGGCUACACGUAAAGCCGAACAAGCACUUCAGCAACGUGAAUAUGAACUCAAUAUGGAAUUAAUGCGUCAACGUGUCAAAUCGGCACCACUACUGCUGGAGGGUCCCACCUAUUGGGGUCCUCAUGUGGGUAAACUUUCACAUGCAUGUCAAAAAGAGGGGCGACGUCAUAUGUGUCAAUCGAAUCAACAGCGUAGCAGACGUAAAAAGCAUACAUCACGUAGUCUUAGUUGUAGACGCACCGGGUUUCUAACAUCAUCAUUAACUAUGGAUGGCGAUACCCUUGAUACCGCUACAAAUACCUAUAGAGUACAAACGGAAUCACGAGCUAGCAUGGCGCAAAAAUUAAAUACUUUACGUAAAAUUUAUGGUGGCGAUGGCACUAAAUCUCAGUCCCGCAAUUCAAAUCACAGUACAAAUACUCAACAAUCGCUAAAAUCUCAAAUGAAAAGAAAUUCCAGUCGUAUGCAAAGACAUGAGGAGAAAUCUUACAAAAGUGAGGGAAAUUUUGGUAAAGUUGAAUUAGAUAGUGGCGAUGAGUUGUCGAGUUUGGAUAGAGCUUUUUUGUAGUUAAAAUUAAACUGAACAAUAAAGUUUUCUAAAAGCAUUACAAACAAUUCAAAAAAGAACUUGUAAUCAGUCGACAGUGAAGUGUCAAUAGAUUCAAUUUGUCAAUUUUCACUUCCAAAUUGCUUACCAGGUAGAAAAUUUGUUUUAAUUCUUAAUAUAAUUUCGUCUUUUAAAGCUCUGAUGCCGUAAAGAUUUUAUAUAAUUUUAGCUCGAAUUACAAAACUAUGUCUGC